AUGCACGCCCGAGCGCCCUCGACCGCUCGUUCGCCGGUUCGUCUUCCGCACCGACGAUCGAACCGCCCGACGCGCGGACGGUCGAACGUGGUCGUUCGAGCCGCGAUCGGGACGCUGUACGACGUGCCGGUGUCGAACAACGGGGCGCGCGUGCGAUUACUCGCGCGAUGGCUCAACCUGUACGAUGACAUCAGCGUCGUCGAUCCGAACAAGGAGUACGCGAAAGGGAUCAAGGACCCGGGAUACGGACGACUGAAUCCGCAGUUGAAGAUGCCGACGAUGGUGCUGGCGUCGGGGACGGCGAUUCCGGAGUCAGAGGUCAUCUGCGGAUAUCUCAAGGAUGUCGCCGAGCGGGACGCGCUGGAACGGACGACGCCGAAGACGGCAGAACAACGCGCGAACGCGGCGUUGGCGAUCAGAAUUCACGAUGUGUACCUAGCACCGAUUCAGGGCUCGAUGUACCGCGGACCCAUGGACCGGAAGACGCGCUCGGAACAAAUCGCGGAGAUCAAGAGGCAGCUCGACGUGCUGGAGGACGUGGCGGGACGCGACGCAGGCGAUUUUAUCGCGGGCGAGGUGCGAUCGGGCGCCGAUGCGGCGAUUUUCCCGACGCUGAUCUUUUGCGACUUCUUGCUUCCCAAAUACUUUGGAUGGAAGUCGGCGUUCGGGCCGAAUCUGCGACGGGCGUACGACGCGACCAAGGCGGAUGCCGACGGCGCGGCGGUCUUCGCCGAGGUCCACGGAGGUCUGGAGGCCUGGGAAAAGGCCGGGAGGUUUGAAAAAGUUGGCGUCAUCGAGGACGUCGAGGAUUCCAGCUUCGUUUGGGCGCAUUAA